GCGGCCACCGAGGGUGGGGAGGGGUCCCCAGGCCACCAUGAUCCCUUUGUUCCGGCCCACCCUCCCAGGCCACCGCGCCAGGUCCUGCGUGUCCCCGGUCGUCCUGUAGCCACCAUGGACAGCUCCCGGUCGCCCCACCCCUGCCUGGCCUCGCAGAGCGUCGCCCUGGACCCCUGCGGGCCUUGUCCCCUCAUCCAAGCCCUCUGCGAUCUGCCCGCUGAGGCCCAGGUCCCUCACCGCCACCCACAGAGCCCUGCGCCCUCGCGACCAAGGCCCUCUCAGGACUCCUUCUCUCUGGGUCGGUCUGGGGUUCUAGCAGCCGGCCCUGUGCGCCCAGCCGGCUUCGGAGAAGAUGCCGGAACAGAGCAACGACUACCGCGUGGUUGUGUUCGGUGCAGGCGGUGUGGGCAAGAGCUCGCUGGUGCUCCGCUUUGUGAAGGGGACGUUCCGUGACACCUACAUCCCUACCAUAGAGGACACGUACCGACAGGUGAUCAGCUGUGACAAGAGCGUGUGCACACUGCAGAUUACGGACACGACCGGCAGCCACCAGUUCCCCGCCAUGCAGCGGCUGUCCAUCUCCAAGGGCCACGCCUUCAUCCUGGUGUUCUCGGUGACCAGCAAGCAAUCGCUGGACGAGCUGAGCCCCAUCUACAAGCUGAUCGUGCAGAUCAAGGGCAGCGUGGAGGACAUCCCCAUUAUGCUGGUGGGGAACAAGUGCGACGAGACGCAGCGGGAGGUGCACACCCGCGAGGCGCAGGCCGUGGCACAGGAGUGGAAAUGCGCCUUCAUGGAGACCUCGGCCAAGAUGAACUACAACGUGAAGGAGCUGUUCCAGGAGCUGCUGACGCUCGAGACGCGCCGCAGCGUCAGCCUCAGCGUGGACGGCAAGCGCUCCAGCAAGCAGAAGAGGGCUGACCGCAUCAAGGGCAAGUGCGCGCUCAUGUGAGCCGGCCAGAACCGGCUAGGGCCUCCAGGGCUCCUGCUCCCCUCCCCCUCCCUCUUUCCCUCCCUCCUUCCCUCCUUCUCUUGCUCCUUCUCUCUACUCCCCUUCUUUCCUUCCUCUCCUUCCUCCCCUCUCCUUCUGCUCCUCCUCCCUCCUCCUCCUUCCCCUCCCAUCCCAUUCUUCCUCUUACCCUCCCUCUUCUUCCUUCUCCGCAGCUUCCUCCAUCUCUCUUCCCACACUACCAGCCCACAGUAGGGUUGAGCUCCACCCCAGUCCCUUCACACCUCCAUCCGCUAUCAACCCUUGCUGACACCUCCCCCUUUCUCUCUGUCCACGCCCCCCCCCCCGUUCUAUCUGAACCCCACAUUCCAGCAAGGACCAGAGCGGCUGCCUUGCCUCUUAGUCUCUGUCCCUUUCCAGGGGUGUUCCCAGUCACACCCACACCCUGUCCCCCCACAUUCUAUCACUGUGACCUCUUACUCACAUCUUCUUCCCUCCACCUGGUCCUGUCUGUUCCCUGUGACCCCUGACCUGAACCCUUCCCUGGGUCCAGAACACACCCAGUCCUCUCCUGCAGCACACCAGGGUGGAUGGGCCCACGGGCUGGGCCUCAGGCCACCAGGCAAUAAACAGAGCCUGCAGCAAUGCCCUGCCAGCCCCAAGCGCCACCCCUGGAGCAGCAGACACCCACAGCACAAGCCCAGGUCUGUCCUCAGCAGAGGCACAAGGGGACCAGAGCCUGGAGUAUGGGAUGGCUGCCUGGAGGCUACCCAUCUGGACACUGGCCUUCUACGGAGACAGUAGUGCCUCAACGGUGACCCCAAGUUGGGGUUUGGGGUGCCCAGCUGAGAGCUCAUUGGUGAAGCCCCCGCGUGGGGCAGUGGGACUAGUUCCCGCUGCCGCAGGGCCCUGACAGACCCUGAGCGCCUUUGCUGGUUGUUCGUACCCAGAGACCGUUCCCCGCGUGUGCCCUGAGUCCUGGAGCCUCUGUGGUAUCUGCGAGACUGUCUAGGACACUUGAGUGGCACUGGCUCCUGGGCCUGUGUCCCACCCACAUGAGGGUGACUGUAGAAUCCUAUGUUCAUGUGACUUCGUGUGUGUGUGACGGGUGUGUGUUUGUCUUGGGAUGGAGUGUUUCUGUGCCAUUCUGUGCCCUUAGCGAGAGCACAGUGCGGACGGUGGCCGGGAGAGCGGCCUGUGUGUGGCUGUGGAGGGUACCUAGACAUCGUGGUCUUCCUGUAUGGACUGUGUGUUCAGGAGUGGGCAGCAGUGGAUCUGACAACCUGUCUGUUUGGCCGUCUGAGGAGCACCAGGUCCUGUUCCAGGCUGUGGCAAGCUGGCCUGUGGCUCAGUCAGCUAGUGUUGUGGAACAAGAGUCAGAGAUGCUGGCACUGGGCCUCAGUGCGUGUAGUCUUUACCUCUCGGGGACAGCAGGCCAGGCUGGGGCUGGGGCAAGCUGGGUCCUCUGUUGUGUGUGUGUGAGAGAGAGAGAGACAGAGAGAGGCAGAGGGCCAGAGAGGCAGAAAGACAGCUGCAGCCGGAUGCCAAGGGGGGUCCAGACCUCAGUGGGGUCUCUGUCUCCUGCACACAGGGCGAAUCACAGCCUGAAGCCUGAGUGUGAGUGUAGCUGAGCCCUGAUCUCCAGCCAGGCCACGGCCCCCACAGCCGCUGCCUGUUCCCUAGCCCCGGGAGUGGCUCCUGGCUGGACAGGGGGUCACAGCCCUUUCUCAGGGACACACCCUGAUAGCACAAUCUCUGGGCCAUCCCAAGCCUCUCCUGGCUGGCCUUGCCCAUCCUGGGAACCACCAGGCUGGGUGGCAGAGGAGGCGGGAGCCCGCCCUGGCUGCCGGCCAACCUGCCCAGGCUUUUCUGGUGCUGGGGACCCCGCCAGGCCUCGCUUGCUGUGACCCAUCCCUGACCCCCGCAUGUGGGAGCCCCGGCCCGUGUGGGGUCUGUGUACGUUCGCUGUAGACCUUGUCUUCCGCAAUAAACAUGUGGAUCCUGCCUCCCCUGUUGCCGUGGCUUCUGUGCACCACUAGGGAGGGCCGGUAACGGGGUGGAGAUGGAGGAGAUGGGGGGUUGUAAUGGAUGGAGCACCCAAGGCCACAAAGAAGCUUACUGGGUCAGUGAGAGCACCCACCUUUCCUGCCUAGUCUCUGCCCAGGGCAGACUGGGAAAGCUUGUGGGCUCACUGUGUAGUUAGCACCACUCAGCUGGAGCCACUGAGUGUGGUUACUCCCACAAUCCCUCCCUCUGAUCCCAGAGGCCACAUAGGGAGGCUAAGAAUAGUGACUGCUCCUGCCAAGGAGCCAAGGUCAACUCCAAGCAGCCCUUUAACAAAUCGGGCUUCCUGAAACCCAGCCAUGGGAGCCUAGAAGAAAGAAUCUGCUUUCAGUCUAGGACAGAAAUCACAAGGUUCUGUCUCCAACAUUUGGGGAGGCGGGGGAAGACCCUGCCUCAAAGAACUAGGCAGAAAGUGAAAGGGGAGGUCAUUGACACCCCCUCACCGGCCUCUGCCGUGUGCACAUGUACAUCAGCACACAUGCACACACAUGUGCACACACACGUAUGUGUAAACAGAACAGCACAUAGAAACAAAACCUUCAAACAGCACAACAAAAACAGGAACAAAGGAGGGGCUGGAGAGAUGGCUCAGUGGUUAAGAACACUGCCUGCUUUUCCAAAGGUCCUGAGUUCAAUUCCCAGCAACCACAUGGUGGCUUGCAACCAUCUGUAAUGAGAUCUGGUGCCCUCUUCUGGCCUGUAGACAGAAUACUGAGAAUACUGUAUACAUAAUAAAUAAAUCUUAAAAAAAAAAAAAAACAGGAACAAAGGAAA